AUGCAACAUCUCAAAAAUAAUAGGCAGGAUAGUUAUAAGCAGGAGUACUCUAUGUCCCAAGAUUUCACCAAUAUUCAGGAACCUCCUAUGGCCCAAGAAACGCCAGACGUGUCUGAAUUGAACUUGCAGGAGGACUCCCAGAAGCCGACGCCCUUCAUUAGAAGGCGGUCGACAAACUACAUAGAUGCUCUUGAGUCUCAGCUGCGUUCAAAGCUAGGUGAAAGUCAAUCUGAGAGGCAUAGAAUAUCGGGAAACAAUGAUACAUCGACUAUGAACGCACAAGUGAUCAAACAUGAUAUGCAGAGAGGGUCUGAGGAUUUGGGAAAUUCGAGUAGAUAUGAUUAUAAAGGUGUAGACUUGGGCUACCAUUUAGGUUCAGAACUAUCAGGUGGUCGGAGGUUACCAGAAAAUGAAGAUAAUUCAAAACCUCAUGGACAAAACCUUUUUUACAAGAGCAAAAGUAACCCUUGUGGAAUAUCUUUCGGUAAAGACGAAGACAUCCCAAUUGCCCCAGAUACACAAGCCACUGCGAGUAUGCCGUCGCUACAGCAGAGAAGGCCAUCUGUUUAUGAAGAUUACAAGAAGGAUGUUUAUGAAAGAAUGCAUUUGUUCGGUAAAUGA